AUGUCCUAUUGGAUGAUGGUGGCGUCUCUGCCGCUUCUUCCUGCCAUCAUGCUGGCGUUGGGUCACCACCGUGCCCGUGCGGCCCAGUUGUGUCAUGUCGCACUCUCUUGGAUCUUGCGGCUGUUGCAAGGACAAGUCUGCGCAAAGAGCACGCACGCCUUUGUCUUUUCACGGUGCACCCACGGCAAUGCUAGCAGCGUCCUGGAGGCCUUUGACGUGUACGCAGAGACCCAUGCCUCUGCCGCGGUUGGCCCGCAGAUAGGUGAGGCCUUAAACCAGGUGGUUAAGCGCGUCCAGCCCUCGAAGGUGCUCGAACUCGGAAUGCAUUGCGGCUACACCUCAGUGCUUUUCCUGCGUCUGCUACCGCCUGAUGGGAAGCUGCUUACAGUGGAGCAGGACCCUGCGGUGGCCGACCUCGGGGAGGAGCUCAUCCUGGUGGCAGGCUUUAAACACACACAGUUCCAGGUGUUGACAGGCAGCUCGGGCGACACCAUCCCGACACUGCACUCUCUUCUGGGAGUGGCUCCAGGAACCAGUGACACCUUUCACCUGGUGCUCAUGGACCAUGACCCCCAACAGUACCUUAUGGAUCUCCGAGCUCUGGAGAAAGAGGGUCUGCUGUGCCCUUUAGGUUGCUCCAUUGUUGUGAUCCUCAGGAACCAGAAAGAUAAAGUUCUGAUGGAAUUGAUUGAAAUGACUCAAGCAAAACCAGACUGUUAUACCAUCAAGUCGUUAAUUCCCGGAAUGCUGGAGCUCUUUUAUCAAAAGAAAAGAACACAAUAA